GACCGUCUGAACUCGUGCAAUCAUAAUUGUGUUAUGAACGCGUUACACGCUCGCUCACGGCGAAUAAACAGCGUGAGACUGCGAUGCGAAAGUAUAUUGGCACACGCCAGCAAAGGCCCGCGUAUGUCGGGCGGUUUAGUGAAAAAGCCAAACGUAUCAACGCAACUCGCAAUCUGAUGUACCUGGAAUUUGACGUAUUAAUUAGUUGAAAGAAAAAAAUGUGUAUAAUGGUAAAAGGAUGAAUGAGCGUUAUCGCGUUACGCGUAUCAUCUCUAAAAAUAUCUCUUUUGAGAUACAGCAAAGAUUGAUAUUCUCCAUCCUGGGACAUACAACAGCGAGUUAUAGAUGACAGGUACGUGUCAUUCGCGAGGACGAAUCGCGAAUGCGCGAAAGCGGUUUCGGGAGCACGCAUUCAUUCUAAUCUAUAUCCAGGCUGUUUAUCUUCCGACCGAUAGCCUUUCCCACGGCGGUUUAUAGCGAGCAAAGCGGCCGCGCUCGUAUCUUUCGCGUGCACUUAGUCACACCAGCUCGCAUACACAAUGCACACGUGCAUCGCGAGAGUUUACUUGUACAACUUAUACAACGUAAAUUUAUACAACCUACGACACGCUAUGAGAAAAGUCCUGGGAGGCAGCCUGGUGGCGGUUGGCGGAACGAGUGCGGUUGCAUGACGCGCGAUUGCGCUAUAACGCCAGUUUAACUGAUCCAGUUUGGAAAUGAAAUGAAAUCGAAAUUGUGUGUGUAUUGUCUUGACUAGCCACACGUUUAGCUAAUUGUUACGAGUCUUUUAGGGACGAUACGCUGCCGAGUUGUCGUUGGUCAUUGCUACCCUCUCAUUUCAUUAGUAAAUAACACAGGCCAGUUUAGGUUUUCCAAACACAUGGCAAACAAUAGAAAGUAAGGAAAAUGAAGAAGGACUUGCGUCUAUGUGCCGAAUGUGCGCUCGAGUGCGCAGCGCGUAUACGCUGCGGAAAAGUGGCGGAUAUGAGAACCCCACCUGGUCCGGAUCGCGGGCGCGGCCUUUCCCCUCGGACUAUAAAGCCACUACAACUCCACUUCCACCAAACAUUCGCUCGGCGAUCCGUCACUCAUUUGCUCUCACCAUGUGGCUGCUUAUCCUCGCAGGUCUCUUGACGGUCUCCGUUGGAGAGGAGACUAGCGUCACCAAGAAGACGGUCUCAUCUGCGGCCAAUGCCGAUGACAUUGUUUUACUAGAGAUCGAUAUCAAAGAUCCUGUCAAGAGGUCACCAGUUUCAGGCAGCGCCAUUUAUGGGGCUUCACCUAGCCAGUUUGUUAUUCGACCCGGAGAUGACUCUCAAGAGCUGUCACCCGAAUACCUAGCCGUCUUGCGACAAUUCACCGGAGUCGACCCGCAGUCGUACGUCGCGAGACCCAAUAGUGCGCCUCAGCGUAGACCUCUUCCAGCCUAUGCCAAGCAGCAGCAGGCGUUGCAGCAGGCAUAUUACAAUUAUCGCAAACCCGCCGUGGCUCCUCCCAGACCGAGACCUCAGCUACAACAUCCCCAGGCGUUGAUUCAAGCCGAGGCGGUAGCGCAGGCUCAAGCGACGCUGCAAUCGACGCGCGGCGGCCCAUCGGGAGCAUCGACGUAUCAAGUAGAAUCGUAUACUUCACCGAAGGUGGGCACGUUCGAGCACGAGUUGCUGCAAUUGGUGUCCGCCAAUCAGGCCCAAGAGUUCAAUUUGAUUCCGACGCAGCCUAAAGCCGCAGGCUACCCGCAACAAGAGUACAUAAAAGCAACGGCGGCACCGGGGUCUCAGUUACACGAGCAAUACCAUAUCGAGACUAGUCCACCCCCGCGUUAUCCAGCGCAGCAACGAGUAGCAGCGACGUAUCAGUCGAUCGAGCAACCGGUCCAGAUUCAAUACCAAACGGCGCAAGCGGCAGAUUACUCGGCAAAGGGGGCCGAAUCUUUUAGGCCGUCCCCGCAAUACGAGUACGUCAACGACGGCGGCGCCCCGCUGAGAGCCCAAGUCAGUCAAGCGCAAAUCCAGGCGGAAGCCGAAGCGAAUUCCAGGGCCCAGGCUCAGGCCGAGGCGCAGGCCUUGGCCUUUCAGAAGAUCGCCCAGGCAUCGUAUCAGAAGCAUCACGAGGCUGCUCUAGAACAGAUCAGAAUCGAUCACGAGAGGUACAGGCAACAGAGCGCCUUGGAGCAACUUCAACAGGGAGAUCACGUGAGCGCGGCCGGACAAGCUCACAUCGAGGGCCAGCUGGAGCCCAAGGACCCAGAGGCCGCGUACAGAGCGAAGCUGAAGGCGCAGGCGGCUGCCGAGGCCGCCGAGGCCAGGAGGCUUCAGACAGCUGCCGAGUACAAGGCUCACACCGAUGCCAUACGCCAGGUCGAAGCUCAGCAGCAGGCCCACGUGAAAGCCCAGGAGAAGGCUCAUCAGGACGCCUUGAACUUUGAGAGGAAUCAAUUGCGCGCCCAGGCCCAAGCACAGGCGCUCGCGCAGGCUCAAGCCGAAGCGUUGUACAAAGUCUAUCAGCAGUCACGCGCCAAAGCCAACGGUGAGAUUUUGGCAGCCGCCAGAGCUCAGCAAGAGGCCAAGAAAGUCGAUCCCGACGGUACACCGGUGAUCCAGUUUCUUUUACCUAAUACUCCCAAACUCCCGGCACCUAACAACUACUUUACCAAUGACGACGUAAACAAAUAUCAAGCUUCCGGCUCCACCUAUGCCCCUAGAUCCGUGACUAAACCAGACUCCAGUGAGCCUAUCAUUCAGGAACAAGCUUACGUUCAACCUGUUAUCAAUCAACCUCGUCAAGUGCACAAACUCAAAGUUCCGCCGACUCAGUCCUCCGUUUACGUUUCUCAAUCGGGUCUUUUGAAAAAGUCCCCGGUCAAGUCUCUCACGAUCGAAGAGAUUGUCGAUCAAGGUCAGCUAAACAGCCCUCAAAUCGUACGUAUUCCCUCACCUAAGGAACAGCAACCUCUCACGCAAGAAGAGUUGUCCGCCCUGAUUAACGCCGGUUACAACGUCACUCCGAUACCUCAAACAGUAAAGCCGACUCAGCAGAGCUACGUGUCGGAAAAUACCUCCGCCGUCUACUACUUGAAGAAACAGCGGCCAGCAGUUAGGCCUGAAUACGUUACGUACGAGGAGGUUCUACAGCGGCCGCGAAGACCCACUAGAAAGAAUACGCCUAUUCUCAAGCAGGACGACGGUAAUGCUAGCGAAAAAGUCACCUUCUUGGUGCCGUUGGAGCCCAGUUUUGGCACCAGACAACCGUCGCUCAGAAAUAACGAGUGAUCUUUAUCGUCCCUCCAUCGUUGUCGUGAAAAAGGAUCAACAAAUUUAGAGAAAUCUCUACGUUAUUGUUAGCCUAAAUUUCUCUUUCUUUUACAUUAGAUGACUGAAUUUUCUUUUCAAACCUAUGUAAAUGAUAAAUGAUGCCAGUCAAAAGGACCAUCAACGUUGACCAGUGCAAAUUCUUUCUUUCGUUCUCCUUCAUUUAAUUAGCUUCUUUAGUCUUAUGCCAAUUGAACAAAUCUACUAUAUCUAGUGCAAAUCAACAUUAAUAUCAACUUUUCGACAGCAGCUCGUAAACUCGAUAAAAGAAAGAGUUACUAAUGCUUUCCGGAUGACAUUAAAUAGAUUGAUAAAAUAUACACGAGUUACAUAAAAUUAUUUCCACCAGAGAAUAUUUGAGAAAAACAAAAGAUCGCUACGUUAAUAUUGUUGGGAGAACGUAAAAUAGAUAUACAAUGUUUGUAAAAUUACACAAAUAUGUAUACUAUAGCAGAAGUCUGUAGAGAAAUCUGUAGAGCACAUUUAAGAAAGAUACAAAUAUAAUUUAAAAAGAUCUUCUUGAUGUCUAUGAUAAAGAGAAUGUAAUUUAUAAUUGAAAGGAUUUUGCAAUAAAUCCACCUUGCGCGAUAUUAUCUAGUAGAUGGUAAGUGCGACGGUGCUGAGUCGAAUGAUUAUUAAUUUAUACUUUUUUGUAAAUAUUAGAUUUUUAACUAAUAAAUAUAUUU